AUGUUCGAAACUCUUACGAGACUUUUGGAACAUCGCGGUCGUGAUUACAAACCCAUUGUCUGGUCACAUAACAGCCACGUCGGUGAUGCCCGGGCCACCAGCAUUGGAUGGUCAAAAGAGGAAAUCAACAUCGGGGAUCUCUGCAAGAAAAGAUUUGGAGCCCAGGCUCUCAGUACUGGCACAGGCACAAAUACAGGCACAGUGGCUGCAGCCCAGGACUGGGACGGUAACAUGAACAUUAUGGAGCUUCAGGCACGGCUCCCGGGCAGCUAUGAGGAGUUCAUGCAUGCUGCGGGCAUUGAUCUCUUUGUUCUUGAUCUCCGUAAAGGCAGAUGCGGUAAAAGGCUACGAGAAAUUCUGAACGAGAAAAGGCUGGAAGGGUUUAUUAGUCUGCUGUACAUUGACAAGUCGAAACACGUUGGGACGUUGGUGGUUCCAGCCCAAGGCACCUCGGGAGUACCAUGA